GGCUCUGCUGAGAACAUUAUAAGGUCAUUGGAAUUACGUCCGCUAGCGGCUUUUUGUCCUUUGCUAUCAGGCACAAUGGAGUUGGAAAUCAUAUCGCGGGUGGGGUUAGUGGACGGAUGAUGCUCGCCGGGGACAAGUCGAGAGAAUUUGACGAAGAGAGAGGGAGAUCCCGGUGCGUGUAUCCGAGCCUGCGCGUCUCCUAGCGCCGCUAUCAAGCCGAGCGUGAGACCGAGCAGCCGGCUGGCCUGUAAGCCGAUCUUCUCUGCACCUUCCAUGCUGUGACCGCCCGCACCAGGAUGCUACGACUAGCCUGCUGCACCGCCCUGCUGCUCGUCUUGAGGCUCAUGGCGUGCCUGCCCUGGUCCCAGGUCCUGCCCGCCACACUCAUCUUCUACCUGGGAAGCGGAGGUUGGCGCUUCCUGCGGAUCUUCGCCAAAACCAUAGGCCGAGACUUGCACGCGGCAGCUGUGCUGUUGCAAGUCAAGAUGAACGUCAAGCGUCACCUUCGGCAGAAGAACACCCUCCCCGCCAUCUUCGCCGAGACGCUGCGUCGCCACGGCGACAAGACGGCGCUCAUCUUCGAAGGCACGGACGAGAGGUGGACCUUCCGGCAGCUGGACGAGUACUCCAGCCGGGUGGCCAACCUGCUGCUCCAGCGCGGCUUCAAAGAGGGUGACGUGGUGGCCCUCUUCAUGGAGAACAGCUGCCAGUACGUGGGGCUCUGGCUGGGCAUGGCGAAGGUGGGCGUGGAGGCGGCGCUCAUCAACUUCAACCUGCGACUGGAGGCCUUGGUGCACUGCGUCACCAUCUCCGACGCCAAGGCGCUGGUCUUUGGCUCCGAGCUGGCUGACGCCGUGUCCCAGGUCCACUCUUCCAUGGGCCAGACGCUGCAGAUCUUCUGCUGCGGACCCUGGGACCCCAAACGGGUGCCGCGGGGUACCGAGUGCCUGGAGCCGCUGCUGGCCGCCGCCCCUUCGCACCUGCCCAGUCGACCUCAACGCUGCUUCACAGACCGCCUGUUCUACAUCUACACGUCCGGAACCACGGGGAUGCCCAAAGCUGCCAUUGUGGUGCACAGCAGGUAUUACCGCAUGGCCGCUCUGGUCUAUUACGGCUUCAGGAUGACACCGGACGACGUCUUGUACGACUGCCUUCCGCUCUACCACUCUGCAGGUAACAUCGUGGGCGUGGGCCAGUGUUUGAUCCACGGCAUGACCGUGGUCAUCAGAAAGAAGUUCUCCGCCUCUCGUUUCUGGGACGACUGCGCCAAGUACAAGUGCACCAUCGUCCAGUACAUCGGAGAAAUUUGCCGCUACCUGCUCAACCAGCCAGUCCGCGACACGGAGAGGCGGCACCGCGUGCGCAUGGCGCUGGGUAACGGCCUGCGUCAGUCCAUAUGGCAGGAGUUCAUGACACGCUUCCACAUUCCUCAGAUAGCAGAAUUCUACGGAGCCACCGAGUGCAACUGCAGCUUAGGCAACUUUGACAACAAGGUGGGAGCGUGUGGCUUCAACAGCCAAAUCCUGCCCUUCAUUUACCCCAUCAGACUGGUGAGGGUGGAUGAGGAGACCAUGGAACUCAUCAGAGGACCUGACGGCGUCUGCAUUCCCUGUAAACCUGGCGAGCCUGGUCAGCUGGUGGGCAGGAUCAUUCAGAACGAUCCUUUACGGAGAUUCGACGGCUACGUCAACCAGUCUGCCACCAGCAAGAAGAUCUCCCACAGUGUCUUCAAGAAGGGAGACAGCGCUUAUCUUUCUGGUGACGUGCUGAUCAUGGACCAGUACGGACACAUGUACUUCAAGGACAGGACAGGAGACACCUUUCGCUGGAAAGGAGAGAACGUGUCCACCACGGAGGUGGAGGGGACGCUCAGCAGGCUGCUGGACAUGAAAGAUGUUGUGGUCUACGGAGUGGAAGUACCUGGCGCAGAAGGGAAAGCGGGCAUGGCCGCCAUCGCUGAUCCCACACAGUCCUCAGACCUGGACAAGUUUGCCAAGGACCUGGACAACGCUCUUCCUCCUUACGCCCGACCUGUCUUCCUGCGCUUCCUCCCCGAAGUCAACAAGACAGGAACCUUUAAGUUCCAGAAGACGGACCUCCGUCACGAGGGCUUCGACCCCACGGUGGUGUCGGACCGGCUGUACUUCCUGGACUCCAGCAGGGGGCGCUACGUGCGUCUGGACCAGGAGCUGUACCGCUCCAUACUUUCAGGGAAACAUAAAUUGUGAGCGUGCCGUCCGCCCGCCCGCCUGCCACGUAGCCAGGAAGUGAAGAGGAAAGUAGUGUAAAUACUCUCUGGCUUACCUCAGCUCACAGCCACACUUGUUGGGACAAACAGACUUGGAGAAAACCUCAAAGGAGCUGGUGUUAAAAAAGUGCACUAAAAGACAACAACUGUUCAUGUUCCCUUCAGAAAAACACAAAUCACAGAGCUGAUAUGAAUCAAAACUCGCACCAAAUAUAUUUAAUGAACAUAUUUAAGGAUUAAUUUGUUAUUUAUGUUUGUCCUUUGCUAUGAAAACUAAAAGCUUUUCUUUAUUUUUUAAUCGUGGACAUUUGUGUGCUACAGAAAACACAUGGAGUUUAUUUUAAAGGAGUAUUAGAGCCACCAUGUGAAAAGACUAAUAUUAUUCAAACCUCUUAAGAAACCUUUUAUUGCUGCUAAUUGCUCCCAAACCUGACUUAUUGUGCAGUUCCCAGAGCUACAAAUAGAAUUACUGUAUUUUCCUGACUAUAAAGCGCUCAGAUAUAUAAGCCUCACCCACUAAAUUGAAGGAAAAAGAAACCUUUUUCCAUAUAUGUCGCACCGGACUAUAAGUGGCAGAUAUAUACUCGUUGUGAAAUGACUUAUUUACACAGAAAUAUUCUCUAAAUGUUUAUUUACAUACCUUCAUUGUUUCCAAUCAGUGUCUGUGACAGGGUAGUAAAACGGCUGAUCAAACCAAACAGAAGUCAUUGUCAUGGACCCACUAGCUGCGCAAGCUAGCUCUCCAAUCAGCGAAACAGACUCAAUAACUCCACGCUGACGUUUUGCUGAAUUUACUGAGGAAUUAAUGAAAGUGAAACAACACAAAAAGAAUUGUAAGUAAAUAAUACUAACACAGACAUUUGUAAACGUGUUAGCAUGUUAGCUAAUGCUAACGGCGCUAGCGUCAUUACAUUAAGACAGCAGCUACAAAUAUGCAUGAAAACACUCCUACAGACAUCACACAUGGAACGCUUUAGUAAGUAAGAAUUGUUGUAGUUAUAUUGUAAAACUUACAAACCUUGCAUGGAGUGAUGAAAUGCUCUUGUACUUCCGGUUGAAAGUUCAGUCUAAACAGAAGGGCAAUGAAGCCACUGCACCGCCUGCAGUGAGCGAAUUGGUCCAAAAGGUGGCGCCAUAGCACAAACAAUAAACACACCAUUUCAGUGUCUUGCUAGUAUUUGAUGAUUUGCAUUCAAGAAAAAAACACCGUUUUAUAAGCCGCAGGGUUAAAAGUGUGGGGAAAAAGUAGAAGCUUAUAGUCCAGAAUUUUCGGUAGUUCCAUGCAAAAUAUGUUAAUGACCUAAAUCUGAUUUUGACAAUAUGAGAGACAUAAUCACCUUUACACUCCUUUAUUCUGAGUGAUCAUCUCCUGGCCAAUACUACUAAUUAUUGCCAUUUUUUACCUCAUUUAGACAUUUUAAUGCCGGAGUCCUAAAAGUCUACUUCAAGGUCUUCCAGCCAAGUGUUGUUCAAAAGUGUUUUAAGUGUGUGGAAGACUCUGAAAUACUUCCAGAACAUACAUUUGUCAUCCAAAUCAUCGACUCAUUCAUGUGGAAGUUAACAUAGCAGGGCGUGGCGUGGGACGUAACCACGGUAACACCUACUUAGUGGAAGUUAACAUAGCAGGGCGUGGCGUGGGACGUAACCACGGUAACACCUACUUAGUGGAAGUUAACAUAGCAGGGCGUGGCGUGGGACGUAACCAUGGUUACGUAACCAAUAUUACAAUUAUUUGACAUUACAACCUUACUCUGGUUUUUAGUCAUAACAGGCCUUUUUUACUCAUUACAACUUUUAUCCUUACAUUUUUCAUUUUAUUCUUACAGUAUGACUUGACUUUUACAUUACCACUUUUAUUCUCCUAACAAUUUGACUUUUACAUUACCACCUUAAUUCUUACAUUGCGACUUUUCAUUAUAAUAUCAUGACUUUUAUUCCUACAUUACGACUUUUUUUUAUACAUUACGACUUUAAUUCUUACAUUAUGACUUAUUCUAACAUUACGACUUUUAUUCCUGCAUUGCGACUUUUUAAUAAAAGUCGCAAUUAUAGUAUUGCGACUAGAGAUGUCCGAUAAUAUCGGCCGGCCGAUAAAUGCUUUAAAAUGUAAUAUCGGAAAUUAUCGGUAUCGUUUUUUUUUUUUUAUCGGUAUCGUUUUUUUUAAUUUUUUUUUUUUUUUUUUAAUUAAAUCAACAUAAAAAACACAAGAUACACUUACAAUUAGUGCACCAACCCAAAAAAACUCCCUCCCCCAUUUACACUCAUUCACACAAAAGGGUUUCCUUCUGUUAUUAAUAUUGCGGUUCCUACAUUAUAUAUCAAUAUAUAUCAAUACAGUCUGCAAGGGAUACAGUCCGUAAGCACACAUGAUUGUGCGUGCUGCUGGUCCACUAAUAGUACUAGCCUUUAACAGUUAAUUUUACUCAUUUUCAUUAAUUACUAGUUUCUUUUUCAUUAAUUACUAGUUUCUAUGUAACUGAUUUUAUAUUGUUUUACUUUCUUUUUUAUUCAAGAAAAUGUUUUUAAUUUAUUUAUCUUAUUUUAUUUUAUUAAUUAAAAAAAAAAAGGACCUUAUCUUCACCAUACCUGGUUGUCCAAAUUAGGCAUAAUAAUGUGUUAAUUCCACAACUGUAUAUAUCAGUAUCGUAUCGGUUGAUAUCGGUAUCGGUAAUUAAAGAGUUGGACAAUAUCGGAAUAUCGGAUAUCGGCAAAGAGCCAUUAUCGGACAUCCCUAAUUGCGACAUUUAUUCCUACAUUAAGACUUUUUAUUCUUACAUGACGAUUUUUAUUACAUUACGACUUUCAUUCUAACAUUAUGACUUUUAUUCUGACAUUGCAACUCUUCCUGGUAACAUUACAACUUCAUUCUUAUAGAUUUGCAUUGCAGGUGGGUGAUAAUACUCCUUUACAAAUAACUUCAUUCUUUACUACAAUGUGUGUGUUUGAAGAAGAAUUAGUCACACAACACACACAUACACAGACACACACAGUUGAGAAAAUUUGUAAAAGUCCAUCUGAUGUUUGUGUGAUGUUUGUCAGUUUGUGAUGAGCGUCAUGGAGUUUUAGCAGAGUACUGUGCCUUACUGUCACACACACACACACACACACACACACACACACACACACACACACACACACACACACACACACACACAGGACAUUCCCCGUGUACGUUGUGUAUUUUCUAUUCGGCCACACGCACGUUAAAAACAUCUGAUCUAAAGCGCUCAAUUUUGUUGAGAGAUUAUCAUCACACUUCAACAUCUCUAACAGGGUCAGCGUUGCAAAUGUCUUCUUGAUUGUCUUACCCUGGAUGUAAAAACGCUACACGAACGUGUGGACUCGGAAGCAAAUGUUGAUGCGCUACAUUACCCAGAAGGCUUUGGAACAGGAAGUAGGCGUGAGCUACAGCAAUUGAAUUCAUCUGUUGCAAGGAGCCGAAAAUAUGACAAGACAUUUAAUAAAUAAAGAUAUGUAUCCAAUAUUGAAAAUCACAAGCAUAGUGCUUCUCACCUUCUUCAUCAAAGUGCUGGCACUUUGGCACUACGGUGGCCCUUCUUGGAGGCCUUUUCCUCCUCUUGGCCCAACACUCAGAGUUACGCAGUGCGCUUGAACGCCCCGCACAGAACAAACGCUACUCCCGACCGUCGUGUUCAGGGUCCUGUGUACACAUCAAAUGUACAAUCGUGUCCAAACUUCAAAUAAACAACACUUUCUGAGAUUCUUUGUUGAAAUGCCGCACAUAAAAUUCGGCGCGCAUCGAGGUGCUGUUCAAGCAUAAAAGGUCUUUUGCAUUUCAAAGACACUUUAGGAGAAGAAUAUGACGCGGUUAAAAAAAAGUCUAAUGUUCUUUGAACGCACCACAAACUGACACACGUCACAAACAAAGUAGAGUAGCACACAGCAAACCUACUUCCUGUUUACCUUCUCUCGGCCAAUGAGAGGAGAGAACAAUAUGACACGUGAUGGUUUAUGUUUGCUUUCUUUGGUCUUUCAUGUCCAUUGUCCUCGUCAAUGUUCUUAUUUCAUGUCCUCGUCAAUGUUCUUCUUUCAUGUCCUCGUCAAUGUUCUUCUUUCAUGUCCUCGUCAAUGUUCUUCUUUCAUGUCCUCGUCAAUGUUCUUCUUUGAAAGCACAGAAGUCAAAAGUGAAAUGUAUGAAGUGCUGUCAAGCUGUUAAUGAUGCUUCUAGCGACCACCAGGGGGCGUGUGACUUCAACAGCAGCGCACUUUCCAUUCGUCUUUUAUGACGUCAUUGUUUGUGCACAAAGCCUGAGUCAUAAAUUGUUUCCUGAUCAUGAAACUGCCUCUUAAAUAAUUGAUUGACAGUCUCGGAAAAAGAAGUGAGAGAUUUGAUGCGGCAUGACUUUUCACCACAAUCUGCCUGUGACUCGUCAUGUGCGAUACCGGCACCGCUGAUUGUCUUUCUCAUCCGAUACCGAGUACAAUUCAGG